AUGUCUGCAAGUACUCUAUACAGAAUGAGGUCAAAGGCUCUGAGGGACAUUAAUGGUGGCCAUGACAUCUCAUAUGCCCAGCUUCCUGACUACCGUGAAAUGGUCAGAUCAACAAACCCAGGUUCUGCUACAUUCUGUGCUUGGACACCCCAAGAUCAUAUUGACAGGCCUUUACAGUUCCUAAAUAUCUUCAUAUCAUUCAAAGGCUGCAUAGAUGGGUUGCUAAGUGGGUGUAAGAGCUUCAUAGGUGUUGAUGGGGCUCACUUAAAGGGGAAUUAUGGUGGUGUCCUGUUAUCUGCAGUGGCACUAGAUGCAAACAAUGAGCUUUUCCCCUUUGCUUGGGCAAUUGUCUCAGUUGAGGACACAGAGAAUUGGAAGUUCUUUGUGUGGCAUUUGAAGAACUUGCUGAAAGAUAGUGGGAGAAGGGAUGAGUGGUGCAUUAUCUCUGACAGACAGAAGGGUAUUGAUGCUGCAUUGACUGAGUUGUGGCCAAAGGCUGGAAGGAGAUAUUGUUGCAAGCACUUGGUAAAGAAUUGGAAGAAACCAUUCCCUGGCCCUUUGAUGUUUAACCUUUUCUGGAUGGCUUGUGGGGCUUAUUCUAAGUUCACAUUUAGAAAUUCCAUGGAGCAGCUGCAGAAGGUCAAUCCAGCUGCUUUGAUAUGGUUGUCUAAAGUUGGCCCACAGUCAACAUGGACCAAGCACAAAUUCAAUGAGGCUAUCAAAUGUGAUGUAAACAAAAGCAACUUUGUGGAAAGCUUUAAUGCCACAUUGGGUACAGACAGAGCAAAACCUGUUCUGACUUUGUUGGAAGGAAUUAGGAGAACAACAAUGGUGAGGAUGUGCACAAGGAACCAAGCUUCUGCAAACUGGGUAGAUGAUGAUAUAUGUCCAAAUAUCAAGGCCAGACUUAAAGUGAUCACUAAAGAGUCCAGGGGUUGUAGAGCAUACCCCAGUGCUGAUGGGUAUGAGGUGACUGAUGGCAAAUCAAUGCUACCUGUAAGUUUUGCUGAAAAAAGGUGCCUUUGUGGGGUGUGGCAGAUUUCUGGAAUUCCUUGCAGGCAUGGGAUGAGAGCCAUCUUGCAUGCAAGGCUUGAUCCAAAACAAUUUGUCCAUGAAUGGUACUCUGUGAGAAGGUACAAAGUUGCAUAUGCUGGUGGAAUCAACUCCAUCCCUGGACAGUUAUCAAUGGCCUGA